AUGGCGGACGUUGACACUAGUUCCGAGCUGUCCCAGCACCCCGCGGCCGACACGACCAGGUUCGAGCAAGUCUCCAUGGACACCGAUAGACAAGUCCCUCAAGAAGCUUCGCCGACGCUAGUUUCCGACGAGCCAUCAUUGGGUCCCGAAAACAUGGAGGUUUCAAAAGAAGUCGAUGCGCAAAAGUCAACAGAGGUCUUUGCUCAGCGACCGGAUAAUGUACAUGAACAAAGCGAGGUUGAAGUCCCGCGGGCGGAAGGAGCAAACUUACAAGAAGACCACGACGACAUCAAGCCCGAUCUUCCGCCGAAGGAUAACGAUGACAAUGAGAACAAGAGCAAGGAAUCAGGGCCGCAUCGCUCUCGAACAGUUGCCCCGCAGAUUCAUGAACCUGAACGGUUUGAAGAUCGUGCAGCUGCAGACACACGAAUGCGUUCGGAUUCGCGAUCCACUACAGCGACCUUUGCAACCCAUCGAUCAACGGCCGUCAGCUCGACUGUGUUCAUUGUCACCGCACUCGAUACCAUCGCCGCAUCUCGAGACGCGCGACGAAACAAGGAGCUUGAGGAUUCUGUUCAAGUGGCUCUAGCCAAUGUAAAACAGUCAGAUGGACAGCUUAUUGACCCCGAGCUCAUCUUUCGCCCACUUCAACUUGCAAGCAAAACCCUUAGUGUCCCUUUGCAAGUGACCGCUCUGGACUGCAUUGGGAAGCUCAUCACAUACUCCUACUUCGCCUUUCCCACUGCAGAAAGCGAAGAAGCCACCCCGGACAAGCCGCCUUUGAUUGAGCGAGCAAUUGACGCUAUUUGCGAUUGCUUCGAGAAUGAAGCGACUCCCAAUGAGAUUCAACAACAAAUCAUCAAGUCUCUGCUGGCAGCUGUGCUCAAUGAUAAAAUUGUGGUUCAUGGAGCCGGUCUCCUGAAAGCUGUCCGCCAGAUCUACAAUAUUUUCAUCUAUUCCAAGUCUAAUCAGAACCAACAGAUUGCGCAAGGCUCGCUGACGCAGAUGGUCAGCACGGUCUUUGAGAGAGUUCGUAUCCGUCUGGAUCUUAAAGAGCUUCGAAAUCGAGAGGUCGACCAGGUCGCUGGCUCGGGUCUGGAAGCAGCUUCAAGUGAUCAGUGUCAGGUUUCGGAAGUUGCCUCUGUAUCUGUGGUCGAUCAAGGCGACCAGGGUGAACUGGGCGAGCAAGCUGAUCAGCAAGACCAGCCGGUCAGCAAGGAGCAGAAUUCCGAAAAACUCACUCUGCAGAGCUUCGAGUCGCCCAAGGACGUGACAUCUCUCAAUGACAAUGCACCUACAACGGUCACUCGGGCCAAGUUUACGCGUCCCACAAAUGGCCGAUCUGUGUCUGAUAUUCCUGAGGAGAGAGAAGAUGACAAUUCGACUGAGGAUGACCUUGAUGAAGUCUACGUCAAAGAUGCUUUCUUGGUCUUCCGUGCUCUGUGCAAGCUCAGCCACAAGAUUCUGGGCCACGAUCAGCAGCAAGAUAUCAAGUCCCAGAAUAUGCGAUCAAAGCUACUUUCUCUCCACCUAAUUCACUAUCUUAUCAACAACCACGUCACGACGUUCACCUCACCACUCGCUACAAUCAAAAACAGCAGUUCGUCCAACAGCGAAGUGAUGACACUUCUGCAGGCUAUCAGGCCCCACCUUUGCCUAAGUCUCAGUCGGAACGGCUCUAGCUCUGUACCUCAUGUUUUUAAGGUCUGCUGUGAGAUAUUUUGGUUGAUGCUGAAAGACAUGCGGGUGAUGAUGAAAAAGGAGCUGGAGGUUUUCCUCAAAGAGAUAUACCUGGCUAUUCUUGAGAAGCGGGCGGCGCCUUCUUUCCAGAAACAGUACUUCAUGGAGCUUUUGGAAAGGUUGGGAGGAGAUCCUCGAGCCUUGGUCGAGAUCUAUCUGAAUUACGAUUGUGACCGUACCGCACUGGAAAACAUCUUCCAGAAUAUUGUGGAACAAUUGUCACGAUAUUCAAGUGUCCCUGUCACCACCACGGCUUCUCAGCAACAGUAUUUCCAGGAACACCAUACCAAAAUGAUGAGUGUGGGUGCAGAAUGGCACCAACGUGGAACCCUGCCCUUAUCGCUCACAACUGCCAACAUUGUCCCACCUCCCCAGCCCCCUACUCCGAACAUUCCAUCAGACUAUAUCCUCAAGCACCAAGCCGUGGAAUGUCUUGUGGAAAUGCUUAGAUCUCUGGAUAAUUGGGGCUCUCAGCGCCAGGGAGACCACGCAGCUGCCGCCGCUCCUGCCCAGUCUAUCGGAACUAACAGAUCUCACGACAUGUCUCGCGACUCUCUCGAUACACACAUUCUCUCCUCUCCCCGUCCAGAAGUGAGUGAAGCUGGCACUGGUCAAUCCACUCCCCUGCCCGACGAUGACCCAAGUGAGAUUGAGAGGGUAAAGCAGCGAAAGACGGCCAUGAUGAACGCGAUUCAACAGUUCAAUUUCAAGCCGAAGCGUGGGAUAAAACUACUAUUGUCUGAAGGCUUCAUUCGCUCAGAUUCCCCAGAGGACAUUGCCAGUUUUUUGCUGCGCAAUGAUCGCCUGGACAAAGCCAUGCUCGGCGAGUAUUUGGGCGAGGGCGAGGCCGAAAAUAUCGCGAUUAUGCAUCAGUUUGUGGAUCAAAUGGAUUUCACCAAACGUCGCUUUGUUGAUGCUCUCCGGUCUUUUCUGCAACAUUUCCGUCUGCCAGGCGAAGCCCAAAAAAUUGACCGUUUCAUGCUUAAGUUUGCUGAACGCUACACCACCCAUAAUCCAAACGCCUUCGCAAACGCAGAUACAGCGUACGUUCUGUCAUACUCUGUGAUCCUCCUGAACACCGACCUUCACAGCUCAAAGAUGAAAGGACGGCGGAUGAGCAAGGAAGACUUUAUCAAAAACAACCGUGGUAUCAACGACAGCCAGGACUUGCCAACGGAGUAUCUCAACGCUAUAUACGACGAGAUUGCCAGCAAUGAGAUUGUACUGGACACGGAAAGAGAGCACGCUGCCAAUUUGGGCAUUCAAACCUCCGCCCCAGCUGGUCUCGCAUCUCGAGCUGGGCAAGUGUUUGCCACGGUUGGCAGAGACAUUCAAGGCGAAAAGUACGCCCAAGCUUCCGAAGAAAUGGCCAACAAGACGGAGCAGCUAUAUCGCUCUCUGAUCAGAGCUCAGCGUAAAACUGCUGUCCGAGACGCAUUAUCCCGCUUCAUUCCAGCUACGUCGGUCCGACACGUUGGGUCCAUGUUUAACGUCGUGUGGAUGUCGUUCCUGUCAGGCUUAUCCGCCCCAAUGCAGGAUACCCAGAAUCUCCAGACAAUUCGUCUUUGCAUGGAGGGCCUCAAACUGGCGAUUCGAAUCAGUUGCACCUUUGAUUUGGAAACUCCUCGCCUUGCCUUUGUCACUGCCUUGGCUAGAUUCACCAACUUGGGUAAUGUUCGUGAGAUGAUGCCGAAAAAUGUAGAGGCCUUGAAGGUGCUGCUGGAUGUUGCCUAUACCGAGGGCAACCGUCUUGGAAGCUCCUGGAGGGAGAUACUUACUUGUGUCAGCCAGCUGGAUCGCUUGCAGCUCCUUAGUGAUGGCGUGGAUGAGGGUUCAUUGCCCGAUGUCUCUCGAGCACCGACCUCAUCUUCAGAUACUGCUUCUCGCAAGUCUAUGCAAAGCUCCCGAAGACCAAGGCCUCGCUCUGUUGGUGGACCUUCUGCUUUCCGAAUGGAGGUUGCCAUGGAAAGUCGAUCUGCCGAUAUGGUUCGCGGCGUUGAUCGAAUUUUCACCAACACUGCGAAUCUUUCUCACGAAGCUAUCAUAGACUUCGUCCGAGCGCUGAGUGAGGUCAGCUGGCAAGAAAUCCAAUCAUCUGGACAUAGUGAAUCACCUCGCACCUACAGCUUGCAGAAGCUUGUGGAAAUCAGCUACUAUAACAUGACUCGUGUCAGGAUUGAGUGGUCUAAAAUUUGGGAGGUUCUUGGGCAGCAUUUCAACCAAGUUGGCUGUCACUCAAACACUACUGUGGUCUUCUUCGCUUUAGACUCAUUGCGACAAUUGUCCAUGCGCUUUAUGGAAAUUGGAGAGCUCCCAGGAUUCAAAUUUCAAAAAGAUUUCUUGAAGCCUUUUGAACAUGUCAUGGCCAAUAGCACAACUGCUGCUGUCAAGGACAUGAUUCUUCGUUGUUUGAUCCAAAUGAUCCAGGCGCGGGGCGACAACAUUCGAUCUGGAUGGAAAACAAUGUUUGGUGUCUUUACUGUGGCCGCUCGCGAGCCUUACGAGGGUAUUGUGAAUAUGGCCUUCGAUCAUGUUACACAAGUCUACAACACACGCUUCGGAAUCGUCAUUACUCAGGGCGCUUUUGCAGACCUCAUUGUCUGUUUGACGGAAUUCUCGAAGAACAUCAAGUUUCAAAAGAAGUCUUUACAGGCCAUUGAGACCCUCAAGUCUACGGUCACAAAAAUGCUGCGGACGCCGGAGUGCCCGCUGUCUCAUCGGGCCGGUACUGCUGCCGCGACUUUCCAAGAAGACGGGACCAAUCUCGCCAAGCAACUGACGCGCCAGUCACAGGAAGAGCAAUUCUGGUAUCCAAUCCUGAUUGCUUUCCAGGAUGUGUUAAUGACGGGAGACGACCUCGAAGUUCGGUCUCGUGCGUUGACAUACCUGUUUGAUACGCUUAUUCGCUAUGGCGGAGACUUCCCGCGAGACUUUUGGGAUGUGCUUUGGCGCCAGUUGCUCUGUCCAAUCUUCGUGGUGCUGCAGUCAAAGUCCGAAAUGUCCAAGGUUCCUAACCAUGAGGAUCUCUCUGUCUGGCUCUCCACAACUAUGAUACAGGCAUUGCGUAACAUGAUUGCCCUCUUCACUCACUAUUUCGAUGCACUAGAGUACAUGCUUGGUCGGUUUUUGGAGUUGCUCACAUUGUGCAUAUGCCAAGAAAACGAUACCAUUGCUCGCAUUGGCAGUAACUGUCUCCAACAGUUGAUUCUGCAAAACGUCUCCAAAUUCCGGGAAGAGCAUUGGACUCAGAUUGUGGGCGCUUUCGUUGAGCUGUUCAGCAAGACCACUGCAUACGAGCUCUUCACUGCUGCAGCUUCUAUGUCGAAGCUGACCGACGGCCCAGCUUUGACUUCCAGUAAUGGCGAUGUUGCUCAGGUCGAGGAGUCAUCAGCAGAUUUGCCCGAGUCGUUUCAGGGAAAUGGUUCACAAAGUACUGCCUCUCUCCACGAAGAAGGGAACCCGCCGGCCCAAAGCGAAGCUCGUGUGGAGCUUGAGGACUAUCGGCCCCAAACAGACACCUCGCAGCAACCCGCAGCGGUUACUGCUGCGCGUCGCCGCUUCUUCAAUAGGAUCAUCACGAACUGUGUGCUUCAAUUGCUUAUGAUUGAAACCGUCCAUGAGCUCUUUUCGAAUGAUAACGUCUAUGCUCAAAUUCCGAGUCACGAGCUUCUACGAUUGAUGGGUCUUUUGAAAAAGAGUUACCAGUUUGCCAAGAAGUUCAACGAGGACAAAGACCUUCGUAUGCAACUAUGGCGGCAGGGCUUCAUGAAGCAACCGCCUAAUUUACUCAAGCAAGAAAGUGGGAGCGCAGCUACUUACGUGCAUAUUUUGUUCCGGAUGUACCAUGAUGAGCGACAAGAGAGGCAAAGCAGUCGCGACGAGACUGAAGCCGCUCUCAUCCCACUCUGCGCCGAUAUCAUUCGCAGCUUCGUCCGCCUCGAUGAAGAAAGUCAACAUCGCAAUAUCGUGGCAUGGCGACCCGUGGUGGUAGAUGUGAUCGAUGGGUACAACAACUUUCCGCAAGAAGGAUUUGAGAAGCACAUUGAUACGUUCUAUCCGCUCGGUGUCGAUCUUUUGGGUCGCGACCUUAAUCCUGAGAUUCGCAUCGCAUUGCAGGCCCUUCUCCGUCGCAUUGGCGAGGUCCGACUCGGCCUCGCACCCUCCAAUCCGCUGGAUGCUCCCAUCAGCCCGCGAAGCUCCAUCUCCCAAAAGGGAUCACGUCGUGAGAGUCAGACUACCCAGUAG